GGCCCACGCUGUGCGCCAGGCGGGAGGGAAGAAAGUUGGGAGCCGAGGAGUUUUCUUUCCCUUUCUUCUGGCCCCGGCGAGGCUGUCUUCGGUGAUUUCCGGGUUUCGGGACGGAGCCUCCUGCCUUCACCGAUCGAUCUGAUCGAGUCCCAGAUUGCUGGCAGCGCCUCUUUUUUUCCCGCGGCUUCCCCGCUGCCCGCCGCCCCGCAUCCCCUGCGUGAGAUUCGCCGCGAGCAGCUCUUCAUUAAACAAUGUCUGUUCAGUCGUACAUGAGUGAUUAUGAUUACAUCACAACUCUGAUGAAUGAUGGUCCCUCAAAAAUCCAAGUGUUUCCAGAUGCUCCCCAGCCCCAGUGCAGAAAGAGUUGUGAAGCCACGGAAAGCCUUGAGCAAGGAGAGCUUUCUGAAAUGUCCCAUCAAGAAGACAAGGAAGAGGACAAGAUACCUUCUGGUGUCUCAUCUUCUCCGCCUGCCCUUUGCUUGAAUGAAGUGGAAAACAUGCAAGUAGAGAUGCUAGAGAAGGCCAGGGAGCUCUUCAGACUCUGUGACAAAGAGGAGAAGGGCUUUAUUACCAAGCUUGACAUGCAGAGGCUGCAAAAUGAACUGCCCCUCACGACUGAACAACUAGAAGCUGUUUUUGACAGCCUGGAGCAAGAUAAUAAUGGCUAUCUCACCCCAGUGGAGUUCAGUAUGGGACUGGGGAAGUUCAUAGGAUUUGAGCAAUACCAAAGUUCUGGAAGCCUCAGGCAUGAGGAGACAUUUGAGUCCAGCUGGUCAGAUGACUUGGACCAGGCAGAUGAGGAGGAGAAGCGGUUUUGCACCUUGCUGGAACAACUUGAAACAUCCCAGGUUUUUGAAGAUCAGAGCGAGAUCCAGGAAUUUUGGGCCCGUCUCCGGAAAGAGCAGCCAGAACUCCUGGCUAGUUUUGAAGAAUUCCUCUUCCGCAUUUCCUCAUACAUCAGAGACAUACACCAAGAGAAGGAAUCCAUGGAGCUGGCAUUAAAACGGAGGGAGGCAGACCAUGACAGAGAAAUCAGGUGCCUUUAUGAAGAAAUGGAACAACAAAUUAAAGCUGAAAGGGAACAGCUGCUCUGCCAGGUAAACUUUCCUUCACACUCCGGAAUGGGGAUCUUGAGGAGGUCACUUACAGCUCAAUUACUGAAUCAUUGAGCCACAUCCUGGAUUACUCCUGCAAAGUUUCCAAAAUCCUGGGGAAUUGCUGCUUUGAAGACCCUGGAGGAAGAACAUAAAACAUUCAUCUGCUUUUUGCAGGAAUCACUGAGGCAUGACAAGAGCAGCCUGCUUCAGAAAGAGCUCCGGAGCAAAGAACAAGAAUUUGAGAAAUUGCUCUACCAUCAGAAAAAGCUGGAACAUCAGUUACAGUCCCAGACAUCUGAGCAGCUGGAGAUGCGGGUACAAAAUGAGAGGCUCCGGAUUGUGAAUGAAAAUCUCCUGGACCAGCUGGAGAGAAGCAAGUGGGAGCUGGAGAUAGCCCGAAGUCACCUGCAGCAGCUACAGAAAGCAGCCCAGCAGGAGCAGGAGCAGAAGGACAGGGAUGUAUUUCGAGUCUCUAAAAAUAUGCAAAAAGAAAAACAAAGCCUCUUGCGACAACUGGAACUGCUCAGGGAGAUGAACAAGAAGCUGCGAGAUGAGCGAGAUGCCUUUGAAGCCAAGAAGCUGGCACCUGCUGAGAGAAAAUGGCCCUUGCUGAAGAAGGGGUCAGUGGUAGGCAAAUACCUAGUGGAGGACAAGCCAGUCAAACGGCAGCUUUUUCCUGGAGAUUUUCCUCUAGUUCUCCCAGAAGAUGAUACUUUGGAAGAACCUACACAGAAAAAUGGUAAAUUCUUCCUCACUGACGUAGCCAGCUUGAAGGAAGGAAGAGGAAUUAAUUCAUCCAUGGAGGAACAUGCAGUCCCUAGGAGAACUGAGAGGCAGGAAGCAGCACAAACCAGCAGGAAGUCAAGAUCUCUGAAGAGCAACACAAACUGGAGCGAAAUGAUGCACGAGCCAAUUGAUCAUCUUUUGCCUCCAAAAGGGAGACUUAUAGGCAAUGACCCUGAGACAAAUGAACAAAUUGGUUCUUCUCCUGGUCGGGUGUUCAAAGUGGUGUUUCUUGGUAACUCUGGAGUUGGCAAGAGCUCCUUCAUCCAUCGCUUUUGCUAUAAUAGAUUCCUUGCUGAGAUCAACUCCACCAUUGGCAUUGAUUACCAGGUGAAGAGUUUGGUGGUUGACAACACACAAGUGGUUUUGCAGCUAUGGGAUACUGCAGGGCAGGAAAGGUUCCGGAGUCUCACCAAGCAGUAUUUCCGAAAAGUAGAUGGCAUCCUCGUUAUGUAUGACAUCACGGCUGAGGGUUCCUUCAUGGCGGUCCGAAAUUGGAUGGCAUGUGUUCAGGAGGGGAUUGAAGAUGGUGCAGCGGUGUUUCUGCUUGGAAACAAGUUGGAUACAAUGGACAAAGAGGAACCCAUAAUACCCAGGGCUGAAGGGGAAAAGCUGGCAAAGGAAUACAAGGCUGUUUUCUAUGAGUGCAGUGCAAGGACAGGUUUUAACAUUCUGGAGCCUAUGCUGCACAUGGCCAGACUGCUGGCAGCACAUGAGGACAAGCAGAGACAGUGGGCAUCAUUGCACAUGGAGGAAUCCAACAAGAAAAAAGGAUGCUGUUUGUAGCAGACGGUCAUUCAAGAAUACAUCAGAAAAUAAAAAAAGAGACCAAGAAACAGACAGAAAAGGCCAUCUGUGAUCAAGAUUAAGACCGCUGCUGGUGUCACUGUUGAAACUGGAAGAAAAUUCAAGUUCUUUCUUCUCAAAAAAACGAGUGACGUGACAUGAUUCAAAGCUGCAAAUCACCCAUGUGUUUGCUGCCUUGCUCCUGAUGUUAGGCUGAAUUGUAACUCAGGAACAUAGCAUUUAUCAUUUUCUCUGUAAAACAAAAUGUUUGUUUAACAAGGUUGUACAAAUAUGCUCACCAGCACCAGGAAAUAUAA